AUGGGUGGAUUGGGUUUGGCCCGGGGAGGGGCUUUAUUCUCCCCAGACGGGACAAAGUUUUCAUUUCAAGUCGAUCGAUCUGUCUUAACUCUCUCUCUCUGUGCGUCUUUCCAAGGCAAGAACAGGCGAUGCGACCUUGCAGCCAAAUCCACCGGCUCUUUUGCAGCCUGGUCCUGGGAGACGCACACUCAAAAAGAGGAACCAUUUGUCCAGUGUGUUUCAUGUUCAAGAUGCACACUCAAGACUGUUUCCUUUUGCGUCCUGGUCUGUGGAGUUGAGUUGGGCUUAUUUACUCUGGAGUAA